AAUUUUAUCAAAUGUGUAUAAUGGUGCUAUGGAAAUGAACGGUUGGAAAUGUAACACAAAUACCAAGAAGACGUUUGAAAAAUUUUUUAAAUCUACAUCUUGACAAGUGGAUAAAAUGACUUGAAAAAUGAAGAACGGGCGUGAUGAAAAUUUGGAGGCUAAAACUGCCGAGCAGGGUGAACGCGCUAAGAAACUUUAUCGAUACGUAAGUGACGUAGCGAGGCGCGUCGGUGAGGCUACUGCAACAAGCCAUUCAAUCAAUGACCUCUUCUCUACAAAACUUGAGAUCCAACGCCAAAAACUUAGGGAUAACUGUGAGAAGUUACUUUUUCUAGAUCCAAUUAAUCACGGGAAAAAAUCACUUGAAUUGCUGUGGAGGAAGGUUUACUAUGACACUGUAAGUGUCGCUAAAAAACUCCGGGAAUCUGACCAUGCUAAUGACAAUUGCCUGUUUAUUCAUAUAGUGGGCGGUAUAGGGCACUUCCAUCACUUUAUUACAAAGAUUCAGUCAGAAAUGAAGAUCCUAUUCAAAGAGCUGGAUUAUAUACCUCUGUUUACUGAUGAGGAGACUGAUGACAAUGCUGUUCCAUCUGAUGAAGAAUUGCAGUUUGGCCGUUCAGCUUUACACACCUGUUUGAUAUAUUUGGGUGAUCUUAGUCGCUACCAAGCUGAAAUAUUUCAUACUUUUGAUCCAUCCAUUGCAGCUAGGUACUAUCUUCAAGCUGCACAUCUUGAUAUGUCUUCUGGCAUGCCAUACAACCAACUGGGAAAUUUGUACUUAGAUAAAAAUUAUAAUUUAGACUCAGUCUGCUAUUACAUUCACUGCCUUAGUUGUGUGUCACCAUUUGAAGGAGCUAUGGGCAACCUAUCAAAAAUAUUUGAAAAGAAUACCCAAUUCUCUGAAGCUAUGAAUGAAUCUGACACAUUGACACAAUCUGAACAUUUACAAAACACUGUUGGCAAUUUUCUUUCAUUGAUUGAAAUAUGGUAUCUCAACAAAAAUGAUACAAAUAUCCCACAAAGGUGCAAUACCAUUGCUCAACAACUUAAAAUAGCUAUGGACUUCACUAUGACUCCCUUGCCUGAUAUUAACAAAAAUUACAAUGAGUACUUGCAAGCUAUUGAGGAAGAAAAUGUGAAUCCCUCUUAUUUAAAUGGCAAUCUAGUGCACAAGACAGUGCAGAUUUGUCUGUUCACUAUGGCAAAAAUAAUUGAAAUAGAUGAACAGAGAGCAUUCGCUUGUAAAGCAUUUACUCUGGCUCUAUUGUCUCAACUACUCAAAAAGCUUUUAAAACAAUUGGAGGCUUUAGGAUUUAGAAAUCCUGCUUGUGAAUACAAACCUAGAGUACCUCCACCAAAUCCUGAGCCAGAGAAAAUGGAAGAAAGUACUGAGUUGGAGAAUGGCUUAAACAAUCAUGAAGUUGUAACAAAUGGAGCAUUGGAUACUAAUAACGAAGAGGUUGCAAAAGAGUUCUCUGAUGAAGAUUUAAAAAAAUUACAAAAUGGUGAUGCAAAAAAUACCAUUAAAAAGGCACUUCCUAAACGUCGCCGACGACGGCGUGUGGUAUCAUCGGAGAGUUCCGACUUAAGCGAUGCUAAUACAGAGAGCAGUGAAGUUGAAACCGAUGAGUCUUGUGCAGGCAAAGAAAACCUGUCAGAGUCUUCAUAUCAUUCUGAAGAUGAUUCUAAAAGUGAAGCUUCUAUAAGUGACUCUGACACAGAACUAAAAGACGAUAAAGCUAAUGGAGAAACUUUGGAAGAAACACAAAAACAACUUGAUUAUGAAAUACCAACUGAAAGCAAUGGAAACAAAACAAACGAUUCAGACUACUCAAAACCAUCAAAAAGCAAUAAAAUUAAUGAAAUAGGAAUUCAGCAUUUUCUAAUGGGUGAUAAUUUUUUGCCCAGUAUAAAACUGCUUCAAGACUGGAUUCUCACAGAGAAGGAUCUCAUAUUAUCUUGUGGAGACAGUGGGGAGUCACUUUUCCAAUGUGUGGUUGAUUUACUCAACAUUUUUACACACAACUUCAAUCCCAAAAGCACUGAAAACCUCAUACGUGAUAAUUGUAAAACCUUAACUUAUGCUAAGAAGGUUGCAAAAAAUUUAAAACUGGAGUAUAAAAGUAUCCCUUUGCCUGAAGAUAUCAACUUACGCGGCACGAACAUCUGCAAAUUCGACAAGGACGCCGCCGAAUGGCAAAUUCUGGAUAGAUACAAACCUUCUGCCUAUGAUGAGAAUAUCAUGCGAAUUUUGAACUUUAUCGACUUUGGAAAUCAAAUAGCCAAGAUUGUACCAAGGAUACGCUACAACAGAACAAUGAAGAUAUACUAUCUUAAAAAGAUUCCGCGCCCCAAACUAAAUACUAAAAUAAGUCACAAGCGAAGCAGGGAGUGGCAUAACACCAAAAAGCCAAAUGAGGAAAGCGGAAGCGGUGUAGGCGGCGGCGGAGAAGGCGGGCUGUUGGCACGGCUCGGCCGCCUAUGGCUGGCGUCGCGCGUGCGCGAAUUGGAGCGCUGCGCCGGCGGGCAAGUGGCGCCCGCGCCAGUGCUGCUCGCGCUCGACGCACCCGUCUUGCACGACCAUCUGCGCCGCGUCAAGCAACUACUACGCACACGAAAUUUUAUACUUCUUGUGCCUACUGUUGUCCUCCAGGAACUAGACGAGUUAAAACGCGACCAUAGCACGGCACGAGAUGCUAUCCGCUGGCUCGAAAUGCAGCUGAAGAGUGGUUCACGUUUUCUUCGCGCUCAGCGUCCAGGACAGUCAAAGCCUCUACCACUUCUAAAAUAUCCACGGAAGGCUCCACCUCAUGUUCACAACUUUGUACAAAUUCUCGAAUUUUGCAACCACUUUAUCGCCGACGAGAAACAUGCCCAAGGUGGCAACGGUGAUCCUGACAGUUCAUUACAAGGAAAAUCGACUCCUUUGCUUAUAUUGCUAGUUGGAAAUGAACCUGGCAAAGAUGACGAGCAGUAUAAAGAAUUCAGUCUAACUGGUGCAGCGCAAGCAGCGGGUAUAUCCGUUGAAUACAUUGGCGAUUUUUAUUCAAAGUGGCGUCAAACGGCCCACAAAAGUGGCAAGAAAAGAUGAACGCGGGCUCAUCGCUAUCGGGUCUUGGCUUCAACAAAGGGAAUACUCAGACGGUCUUCCCUCUCGACGAUGGAUUUGCAACAUCUUGGGGAAUAUUUGACAAAUGCUCGCAAAAUAUCUGGAGCGUAAAAUAAGCAUAAAAUGCCAGGUAAAGGGAAAUAUCUACCAUUUACGUUGGUUUUUCGCACGAUAUUGUCACCCUAUUCGUAUAUCGUAUACGUUUUUACUAAAUAAUCGGUAGUAAACCAUAUUUUAUUUAACAUGAAAUACUUUAGUUAACGAUGUCUUCAUUAAUUGGAAAUUUCAUAGCAUCAAUCACAUUUCAUUUUAUGUGUAUGUUUUAAAGCUGUUAUGUUUACUUCAUAUACCUACAUUAUUUUAUUCGAUGGCGUUAGUUUGGUUUCAUGUUUCAUAUC